AUGAAUAUGAGGGCAGGAAUAUUAGUCCUGUGCGAACCCAACAAAAGGAGCAUAGAAGGCAGAAAUGACUGGGUAUUCGACGAGGUAUUAGAUACCGCUAUAAAGAUACUUAACAAAAGUAUCGCCAUUAAAGAGCAGGGAAAAGGAACUGGUUUCUCCUACGUAACAACGACAUUGUUUACUAUAUACAGCUGCUAUGCCUCCCCAAACAAAAAAGUUGAAGAACUGGAAGCACUCCUGCAACAAAUCGCAAACUGCAUCAGAACUAGAGGAGACGAAGCCAUAGUUGCAGGAGACUUUAACGCACAAUCUACGCAAUGGGGUAUGAAAAGAACUGAUGGCAGAGGAAGAAUAGUUACCGAAUGGUUAGCACAAAACGACCUAAUCGUCAAGAACAAGGGCGAAAACCCUACCUUUGUAAGAAAGAACUACAGGUCAAUACUUGAUCUAACAAUCGCUACGACUCAAAUUGGCAAAAAAAUACAUCAGUGGAAAGUCAGUGAAGAAGAAUCCCUCAGUGACCAUAACUAUGUCACCUUUGAAAUCGUGGAAAUACCGAGAUCCGUGCAGAAGAAACAGGGGAAAAUAGGUUGA